AUGUUUAGCCAGAUAAACAUAACAUCAAUGGAGGACUUGGAGUCGUUCCAUGAAUUAAUCCUUGGUGUUCCCUUACUUCUACGUGUGUGGGUUGCAUUUACAAGAAAUGAUUUUGUUGGUGAGAGUCAACCAAAGUUUCAAUUCGAAAAAGAUAUGGCUCUGCUGGCAGACACAUCCCAUCCCAUGAUACGACCGCAAUUUGAAAAGGCAAUAGAUGAGGCUCGCAAAAGCAUACAGGCUCGAAGAAUUUUUUGUGUUCAGAUCGACUUCAGUGAAGCAAUAGAUGCGUGGUUGAAAACAGUAUACAGGCGCAAGUACAUCAAAUGUUGUCGACUCUCUGCUCAUAAAUCGAUUCUGUACAUCACAAACUAUUCUAAACCAGAGACAUGUUUUAAAUGCAAUCCUUUAUGGUGUCUGCUCUGCGGUCCAUGUUGGUUUUUGUCUGCUCCGUGUUACAAGUGUUACAGAAAAUGCAAAUGUCACGACGUAAAAGUGACUAUUGAAGCACCAAUUGUUAGGAGAACUGUGGCCAGUAACACGGGAAGAGUAAUUGAAGUUAACAGAUAG